AUGACGAUGUUGAAGCUUUUUGGAAUCAUCUUUUUCUGUGGCCUCCUCUCACCCUCUCAGGAAGUCUUGUCUGGUCUGUCCUGUGCCGUCAGUCCAGGGGCAAUGCAGAACGUUCUCUCAGAUGCCAUACUUCAGAACGGGCUUCUCCAGCAGCAUCUGCAGGGCCUUGUGCUCCCAAACAUCAUGGGUGAAGGGGGUCUGCUGAACUCUCCCACCAGCAUCACUGGCCUGCACCUUGUCAAGGUCCAGCUCCCCAGGCUGUCGGUGGUGCUGCUGCCAGGAAUCGGGGUCCAGCUGACCAUCGCCGCAAAGCUGGAGCUCAGUGGCAACUGCUUGGUUGGCCUUCUUUCAGAACUAAUUGAUAUCUCAGUGGAUGUGAACAUUACCGCAAACAUUAAAUGCACAAAUUUUGAAUCGGGCACAGUCCAGGUCGUCAUUGAAGACUGCCUCUGCGUUCUUGGUGCCAUAAAGAUCAAGCUCCUUUCUGGCUUACUGUCCCUAUCAGUAAACGAGAUUGUGCUUAAGCAGCUGACAGCAACUUUGCCUGGUUUGCUGUGUCCAGUAGUCGAUAUUGUCGUCAACCUUGUGAACAUCCAGCUCCUGGGCACUCUCAACGCGGUAAUCCCAGUUGGUACGGCAGGAACGAUUCACUACCAGCUGGCCAGCCUCCCGUUUACCUCUGGCUUGUUCCUUGGGUUGGAUUUAGAUGGUGCGGUGAAGCAGGUGGGAGGCAGCAUCAUCCCCCAUGACUCGUCCCCCUCUGCUUUGCCUCCGCUGCUGGACAAGCUUCUGGUCUUGGGACUGCGCCAGAGCUUUCUCAAUGCGGUCCUGUCCCUCCUGAUCCAGAUACCGCCGCAGACCUUCACCUGCACGCCAGAAGUCUUCUCCGGUGCCAGCCGUCUGCAAGAAGCCAUCACAACCCUCGUUCCUGCUGGGUGCCCCACCUGCCAUGGGACCAGUCCGCUGAGCAUUAAGCUGACGUUGUUUGGGAACCCGCUCAUCCUCUUGGAAGAAAACAAAGCCACCGUCGAGCUUUCAGUCAUGAUUCAGGUGUUCAUCAAGCGCUUAGAUGGACCCAUCCUCAACCUCCUGCUGCUGAAGGCUGACCUUGGUCUAAACGCCCACGUGUCGAUUGCCGGAGGCAGACUGGUGCUGGGGUUGUCCCUGGGCAGCAUUUCCCUCUCCUUGGAGUCCUCUGAUGUUGGCAUCAGUAACAUCUCGAACUUGAAGCCACACUGCAGCAGUCUGCUGGCAGAAACCUUAUUGCCUCUUAUCAAUGGUGCUCUGGGCAUCGGGAUCCCUCUGCCAAAUGUGCUGGGCAUUCCCUUAAUAAAGGUGGAUAUUCAGAUAUUAGCGGGUCUGCUGGUGGUUCUGGUGUGA